UCACGCGACAUGGUCGCCCACGCAAGUCCGCCGACCUGGGACGAGGACUUGAUGUACAGUGUCCAGAUAAAUCGUUGGUUAAUGAAACCGAUCGGAGUCUGGCCAAUCUCUCUGUGCGUCACCACGGGAGAAAAGAUCAGUUCGAUCAUGCUCGCAUUGAUCAGCUCCUUCCUGAUAAGUUUCCUCUUGGUGCCGUGCGCUCUGUGCACCAUUCUCGAAACAGGCGACCUCGACACUAAAAUCAAAAUGAUCGGCCCGCUCAGUUUCUGCGUGAUGGCGGCGAUCAAGUAUUACAUUCUGGUCUCUCGCGGCGCCAAGAUUGGCAAAUGCAUCGAGGACAUUCGCGCGGACUGGUAUCGCGCUCACUCGCGUGGAGAGGAGGACAGAAGGAUCAUGAGAGAGAACGCAAGGAUAGGGAGAUCCCUGGCGACCUUCUGCGUUGGUUUCAUGUAUUCCGGUGGCUUUUUCUACACCACCGUGAUGCCGCUGUGCACCAGACGCACGGAGAUCAUCGACAACGAGACGGUGAGGUCGCAGGCGUUUCCCAUUUACCGCGGCCUCCUCGAUCCACGCACCAGCCCUUCGUUCGAGAUCGUGCAGCUGAUGCAAUGCUUGUCCGGAUUUGUGAUGUACUCGGUAACCGUCGGCGCCUGCAGCCUGGCCGCUGUGUUCGUCAUGCACGUCUGCGGACAAUUCGGAAUACUCGUGGCGAGACUUCAGAGGCUCGUCGAUGGUCUGGAAAGAGAGAAGAACCUGGACUCGCGGAAAGAACAAUUAGGCGACGUUGUGGAGCAUCACUUAUAUAUACUAGGUUUCAUAUCCCAGAUCGAGGAGCUUCUCAACGAGAUAUGUUUCGUUGAGCUCGUAGGCUGCACGAUGAAUAUUUGUUUCCUCGGAUACUACUUGCUCACGGAAUGGGAGCAAAGUGAGACCAUAGGGACACUGACCUACUGCACGUUGCUCAUAUCCUUCACGUUCAACAUCUUCAUCCUGUGUUACAUCGGUGAAAUUUUAUCUGAACAGUGCAAAAAUAUCAGUCUGUCGGCCUACAUGAUCGAUUGGUACCGUUUACCCAGAAGAAAAGCGCUCGGCUUGAUAUUGAUAUUCGCUGUUGCAAAUAACUCCACGAAAUUAACAGCUGGAAAGCUCGUCGAGCUGUCGCUAGGCAGCUUCUGCAGCGUGUUAAAAUCGUCGCUGGCGUACUUGAGCUUACUCCGCACUCUCACCACAUGAAAAUACGAAAUCAGAUUAUAUAUAUUUACCUUCGUGAAAGUGGACAACGUUUAUUAUGGUUU